AUGAACGACAAAUACCCCGAGCAGUCCGAAGUGGAAUGGACUCUUUUAUCCUUACUCAACAACAAGCAAACGAAUCAAUGCCAACAGCCUGAGAAGAUAAUCGAAGCCUCCUCAACUUCGAUGGAACCAAUAUCGAUUUUAGAACACAUGAAGAUCUGGGAAGAAUCUUUUCUCUUUUCUCAACCGCCGAAUAUAAACACCAACUCCAAUACCGCCGAUACUAUUAUAUCGUCAAAAGAAAAGACAACGGAAGAGUCGAAUGCGUAUUAUACCAAAGACAAAGUGGACGACUGGAAGACAAGACAUUUCGAAGAGUGGAUCGGGAGAAGCAUCUCAGCAAACAUGGAGUAUUACGCCACCCGACCAGACCUACCUAGACAUGAGCUCAUACCUUUCAUCCCUUUCCUCGAUGCCGACAAUUUCAGACACGGGGAAUUUGCACGAUGGAUCAUGGGAUUGGAAUUCGUUACCUUGGUCCGAACAAACCCCGCUUACCGAAACACCAUUAACACCGACUCGUACUUACUUGAGGCGUCACCGUGUGAGCCACGAGUUAGACGAGAAGUAGCAGCAAUAAUCCAGGGGAAGAGCCCAAUUAUCAAUUACGAAUGCCUAACAAUACCAACGGGAAGCGGAAAUAUAGAAGACGUACGACGAAUGGUAGAAGGCAGUGGAGAAGAUCCGAUAGAGUCGCUCAUAGCGGUAGACCCGGCUAGCUGA